UGGUUUGGGAGAAUGGCGAACCUAACCUUCCAGAUCCUUAGUUCUAGCGAACGCGUGCACUUUAGGCUAACAAUCGACCACAGUAUGAAUGGGACCGUCAUUUUUGGGAUGCGCUUCAUAUCGAAAACCUCGUCCCUGGGGCAAAGACAGUGAUGGCAGCUAAGCUCUUCUGGGCGGUCGCCGCGAGCUUUAUUCGAUUCGCUCUGCUCGCUUUGUAUUAUCGUUUGCUCAGCCAUAUCGACAUUCUCCAUCGUGGCAUGUACAAGUGGGUUCUUCACGCAGCAACGUUCUUCAAUAUCGGAAUCUUGCUGUCCUAUCUAGGCACCAUAAUCUUCGAUUGCGCCGAUCCUGCUCAAUAUUUUCAGUGGCCUGGCACAGGAUACUGCAUUAACGAAACGUAUGCCAACGUAGCUAUGGCUUCUUUGAAUACGUUUGCUGAAGCACUGGUUGCUGCGCUACCAAUCCCCGUAGUCAUGUCGCUGGACAUGGACAAGCGACAGAGAAGAACUGUGAUGUUAUUGCUAUGCCUCGGCUUUCUAGUUAGCGUUGUUGGUACAGUCAGGACGUAUUACGUGUGGAAACUCUUCAACAGCGACGACCUGACGUGGUACGCAAGUCCGCACUGGAUCUGCAGCGAGGUCGAGAUCUGUACUGCUAUGAUAUGUGCGUGUGCACCAGCUUUACGGUCUUUCGUAGGUCGAGUGUUUUGGAGAGAAGAACCAGGCAUACAAACGCAAUCCAACUCGUCAAGAUUUCGGAAGAAUCGAAGCAGCGCGGGCAGUCACGAUUCCAAGCAUGCGACGCACGUCGAAGAGGGCUGGGUACCUCCGACGCGAUAUCAGUACGACCUUGAGGGUAUCGGGCUGGAUGGAUUUGGCUACACAGUCACCAUCAGCGGACCACAGCAUCGAAAGAAGGGCAUCGCGAGCUGCUUCCAAGGAACGCCGGUGGCCUCAAACGACAGGAUCGAUCAACCGCCGCGGCGGUACUUGAGCAAACUUGGCCGCAAAUCUCGGCGGUCGAUGCAGGAGUUGAGGGAAGACAGCGAUACGACGGAGUUGCAGGACAAGUCGAGCAUGAACAACGGCACACGAGAGGUGCGGGGAGGGAUUUUGCCGUAGAAAAGCACGUAUAGGUCUGCCCUCAAGAGGAUAGGUGUUGUUGUACUCUCGUUCGGA